AUGUUGAGAUCGUCGAAAAGACUCUACCUGGCCCUCGCCAAGACCCCGCUCUACCCCUGUCACAUCGAGUUGGGCGGGAAAAUGGUCGACUACGCCGGGUUCGACAUGCCGGUGCUCUACCAGGGCCAGACCCACAUUGAGUCCCACCACUGGGUCCGGGAGAAGUGUGGUUUGUUCGACGUGUCCCACAUGUUGCAGCACCGCAUCCUGGGUCCCGAUGCUAAGGCGUUCUUGCAAAAAUGUACCCCGAUUGAUCUCGAUAGCCUUGCCCCUUUCCAAGGGCUGCUUUCAGUGUUAUUGAACGAAGACGGCGGUGUCAUCGACGAUUGCAUCAUCACCAAGCACGACGACGACCACUACUAUAUGGUGACCAACGCUGGCUGCCGUGAUAAGGACAUGAAGUUCUUAAAGAAAGAAGGCGAAGCUUUCAACAGUUUGGACCACCAGCCGUUUGAACUGACGCUUCUCGCCAUCCAGGGACCUAAAGCUGCCGAGGUAUUGCAACAAUUCACUCAGGAAGACUUGACCAAGUUGUUCUUUGGCAACCUGGUGUUUGCCAAAGUCGCGGGGAUCAAGCUGAACGAACCCGUCCACAUUGCCCGGGCUGGCUAUACCGGCGAGGAUGGGUUUGAGUUGCUGAUCCCGUCAUCGAACCACGACGAAGCUACUGAUGCUCGUAACUUCUUUAUGUCGCUUAUUGAAGAUUUCCCCGAGACGGUUAAACCGAUUGGGUUAGCCGCCAGAGACUCGUUGCGGUUGGAAGCAGGGAUGUGUCUUUACGGUAACGAGUUGCUGGAAGAUAAGACUCCCAUCGAUGCUCUGUUGGCGUGGUUAGUCCCCAAACUGAGACGCGAGACGGGGGGCUUCAACGGUGCCGCCAAGAUCUUGAGCCAGAUCAAGGAUAAACUGACCACCCACCGCCGGGUGGGGAUCAGACUGAAGGGGCCGGCCCCUCGUGGUGACCUGAAGAUCUACUCGCAAGAUGGUAACGAGAUCGGGUGGGUGACGCUGGGGCUGGCGUCGCCCACUUUGGGCGGUAACGUCGGCCAGGCCUACAUUGAAAAGGGGUACAAGUUUGGUACCCCGAUCAAGAUCGAGAUCAGAGGUAAACAAAGAGAUGGCGAGAUCGCCAAGUUGCCUUUCAUCGAGGCCAAGUUCUACCGCGGGGAAUAA